ACUACAGACCCACAGAGAUCUGAACUACAGACCCACAGAGAUCUGAACUACAGACCCAUUGAGAUCUGAACUACAGACCCACUGAGAUCUGAACUACAGACCCACAGAGAUCUGAACUACAGACCCACUGAGAUCUGAACUACAGACCCACAGAGAUCUGAACUACAGACCCACUGAGAUCUGAAGUACAGACCCACAGAGAUCUGAACUACAGACCCACUGAGACCUGAACUACAGACCCACAGAGAUCUGAACUACAGACCCACAGAGAUCUGAACUACAGACCCACGUAGAUCUGAACUACAGACCCACAGAGAUCUGAACUACAGACCCACUGAGAUCUGAACUACAGACCCACAGAGAUCUGAACUACAGACCCACAGAGAUCUGAACUACAGACCCACUGAGAUCUGAACUACAGACCCACAGAGAUCUGAACUACAGACCCACAGAUAGUUGAGAGCAAUGAGAAAAAUAAUAUUUACUGCUUACAAUGACAUGCCCCUCACCCCUGCCUGUUUGCAUUGUGUAAUCAUGUGACCUGGGACACCCCACAUCACCCCCCCCUCCCCCGUUCCUGAACUCAGCAUGCUAAUCUCCUGCAGAUGUGUGGAAGGGGGAUGGGGGGAGCAUGGUUGGGAAAACCUAUGGGGAGUACAUCAGAACCAGGAAAUAUAAUUUUUUUGCUCAACAGACAUGCUCAGUUGUGUCCUUGGUCACAUGCCUACAUGACGUGUACAACGAGGAUAGCGCAGACAUAGGCGAAAAUAAAUAAUAAAUAAAAAAUUAAUAUGUGUGGAAAAAAGAUUUACCUCUAGUGAUAAGUAAUUUUUCUUCCUAAUGCACAGAGUUAACAUCAGUAUUUGAGUGGAAGCAUUUUAUUUUUGUUGUCAAAAAUGAAUGGAGCCCAAUGGGGAAACUGGCUUUUUGAGCGAAAUCAUAGAUAUCUGCAGGGGGGUGACAUUACAUCCGUUGCUGAGGUUGAGAACCGAAAGUUGGCCCUUUCAGAGGGACCCAUGCAGGUCAUGUGCGUAAAAUUCCGUGCCACUUCCACCGUCGGUGGCACAAAAGCACCACUUCAAAUGAGCAAUUUGCAAAUAAUUAUUACAGAUGUACCCUUACAUCCAAUACACACCAAAGUUGGUUUGGAUGGUAUUUGGAUAAGGUUUGCAGUCCAUGACAAAGUAGCCCCAAUGCACUAAAGCUCACUCUCGUUGCUUGGCCCCCAACAUCGCUGCUUGCAGCUAUAUUUAUUUAUUUUAUUGUAAUAACACGCAUAACUGAACAUUACAUUAACAAAGAGCUAGAUCACAAAAAUACUUCAUUAUACAUGAAAUAAAAUCAAACAUGGACAAUAACAUAAGGCACUUUACAGAUUCUUUUUUAUUGAAAUUAAUAACAGAAAAAUAAUCCACAUGAAUCUGCACUCUCUGCUCAGCCUGCUCUGCUCAGCCUGGCCUCAGUCUAACACCACACCUCCUGCAGCUGUGGGCUGAACCAGGAAGUCACUCCCACUCUCUCUGUCACGCAGUUUCAGAGAAACGAAACUUAACUCUGUCUCUGUCAGUGUGAGCAGUAAAAUGGCUGAAGCCAGUAUCUCAGUGGAUCAGGACCAGUUCAGCUGCCCGAUCUGUCUGGAUUUACUGAAGGAUCCAGUGGCUAUUCCUUGCGGACACAGUUACUGUAUGGGUUGUAUUAAGGGCUGCUGGGAUCAGGAUGAUCAUACUGGUGCCUACAGCUGUCCCCAGUGCAGACAGACCUUCACUCCAAGGCCUGUUUUGAGAAAAAACACCAUGCUGGCUGAAGUGGUGGAGAAACUGAAGAAGACAGGACUCCAAGCUGCUCCUCCUGCUCACUGUUACGCUGGACCGGGAGACGUGGCGUGUGAUGUCUGCACUGGGAGAAAGCGCAAAGCUGUGAAGUCCUGUCUGGUGUGUCUGGCCUCUUACUGUGAAAGUCACCUCCAGCCUCACUAUGAAUCUCCUGCCUUUAAGAAGCACAAACUGGUCAAAGCCACUGGAAACCUGCAGGAGAAGAUCUGCUCUCAUCAUGACAAAAUUCUGGAGGUUUACUGUCGUACCGAUCAGCAGUGUAUCUGUUAUCUGUGUACGAUGGAUGAACACAGAGGCCAUGAUACAGUCUCAGCUGCAGCAGAAAGGACUGAGAAACAGAAGCAGCUGGGGGUGACACAGAGUAAAUUCCAGCAGAGAAUCCAGGAGAGAGAGAAGGAGCUGCAGGAUCUGCGACAGGCUGUGCAGUCACUCAAGUGCUCUGCACAGGCAGCAGUGGAGGACAGUGAGAGGAUCUUUACUGAGCUGAUCCACUCCAUUGAGAGAAGGCGCUCUGAGGUGAAAGAGCUGAUCAGAGAUCAGGAGAAGGCUGAAGUGAGUCGGGCUGAAGGACUCCUGGAGCAACUGGAGCAGGAGAUUGCUGAGCUGAGGAGGAGAGACGCUGAGCUGGAGCAGCUUUCACACACAGAGGAUCACAUCCACUUCCUCCAGAGCUGUCAGUCUCUCUGUGCCCCUCCUGGACCUGAAGACUUACCCAGCAUCACUGUCAGUCCACACGUCUCUUUUGAGGCUGUGAGGAAAUCUGUCUCUGAACUGAAAGAGCGACUGGAGGACGUCUGCCAGGUGGAAUUAGUGAAGAUUUCUAUAAAAGUGGAAGAAGUCCAUAAUGAGCCCAGGACCAGAGAGGACUUCUUACAAUAUUCCUGCCAGCUCACACUGGACCCAAACACUGUGCAUAAACGCCUCCGUCUGUCUGAGGGGAACAGAGAGGUGACCUGGGUGGGACAGAUCCAGCCAUAUCCUGAUCAUCCAGAGAGAUUUGACUGUUGGGAGCAAGUGCUGUGCAGAGAGGGUCUGUCUGGACGUUGUUACUGUGAGGCUGAGUGGAGUGGGGAUGAGGUUUAUAUAGCAGUGUCAUAUAAAGAGAUCAGCAGGAAAGGGCGGGGUGGUGACAGUGCUCUGGAAUGGAAUAACAAGUCCUGGAGUUUAUGCCGCUCUGGCUCCAGUUACUCUUUCUGGCACGAUUCUGAGUGCACUGAAAUCCCUGUCCCCUCUUCCUCCAGAAUAGGAGUGUACCUGGAUCACAGGGCAGGAACUCUGUCCUUCUACAGCGUCUCUGACACAAUGACCCUCCUGCACAGAGUCCAGACCACAUUCACUCAGCCCCUCUAUCCUGCGUUUAGGGUUCGGAGAGUUGGAUCUUCUGUAAAACUGUGUGAUCUGGGAUGAGGCAGCAAGUGAAGGGAAGAUCAGCUCUAAUUAAAGGGAGGGGAAAACACUCAAAUGCGACAGAAAAUGAGUUAAAUUAAAUUAAAUAUUGAACUUUAAAAGAUUAACUGGUUGAAAUAAAAAUGGAAUCCAGACCACAUUCACUCAGCCCCUCUAUCCUGGGUUUGGUGUUCGUACUAUUGGAUCCUCUGUAAAACUGUGUGAUUUGGGAUGAGGCAGAGAGUGAAGGGAAGAUCCGUUGUAAUUAAAGAGGGAAAAACACUCAAAUUACAUUACAUUUAUUUGGCAGAUGCUUUUAUCCAAAGCGAUGCACAAAAAGUGCAUUUCAUGGUCAUAGACAACUGCUAAACACAGGUUCAGUAAGGUACAAUACUUAUUUUGUACAGCUAUUUCUAGCCAAGAACACAGUUCACACAGUGAACACUAUUCUGACCUAACCUCUGCAAAGCCAACUAGGCAGAAGAAUAAGCUACAGUAUUAGGACAAAUACAAAUUACCAAAAAGUGCUGGGAUGGGGCAACAUGUAACAAGUGUCAUGAAAAGGGUUUUUUUAAAUUUUUUUUUUAAAGAGUGAAAUAUACAGCGUGGUGGUGGUUAGUCUAGGUAUAGUCUGAAGAGAUGAGUCUUCAGGCCACGGCGGAAGAUGGGUAGUGAGGGGGAGGUUCGGAGAGGGACGGGGAGUUCGUUCCACCACUGGGGAGCUAGGGUGGAGAAGCUCUGUGAUCCCUUUGGGCGAGUGGGAGGGGUUACAAGGCGCCCUGCUGCCACUGAGCGGAGUGGUCGAGCAGGCACAUAGAAUCGAGUCAUGUCCUGCAAGUAGAUGGGGGCUGUCCUGUUGGCAGCAGUGUAGGCAAGGGUCAGGGCUUUGAACCGGAUCCUGGCGGCGACUGGUAGCCAGUGGAGUGAUCGCAGCAAAUGAGACAGAACAUGAUUUAAAUUAAAUUAAAGAUUAGCCAUCAAAUGAUUAAAUCAAUGAAAUACAAACAGAAAAAACUUCAGGUCUUGGUCACACCAUUCAGGCAGGCACUCUUAUGCUUGUGUCCCAGUGCACAGUAUGCAUGAGUGCGCUGUAAAAUUUCAGUUCUAACUGGGAUCACAUGCCAUCUGAGCCCAUUUUACACUGAACAUUUUACUGCAUAAACGAUCUCCAACCUGAUUGAAUUAUAAAUGGGUUAAUAAAGAAAUCACUUUGUUUGUUUUGUUUUUUACAUUUGUUUGUUACCAACUGGUAUAACAGCAUGAUUUCAUUUUUAAUUUUUGUGAUUUGUUGGGGGUGUGAAGCAGAAAACACUCGGUCAUUUGAGACAGAAAAUGAAAUAAAAGUGCUGAAUUCAUAAAAAA